AUGGCCCAAGACAACUCUCCAAACAAGACCAUAACAAUGAAUCAGAGACGCAGCCGCACCAAAUUCACAGAAGAUCAAUUGAAAAUCCUCAUCAAGGCAUUUGACCAAAAUCCUUACCCAGGUUAUGCUACCAAACAAAGACUUGCUUUAGAAAUCAACACUGAUGAGUCCAGAAUCCAGAUUUGGUUUCAGAAUCGAAGAGCUAGGCACCAGUGCCAGAAAAAAUCAGAACCCGAUGAGGACUUAGAAUCAAGUCAAGACCAAGAUCACUCUGAAGAGGAGAUUCAAAGUAGAGAAGACAGACGGUGUCGUACCAGCUAUACUUCUUCACAAUUACACACCUUCAUCGGGGCAUUUAUGAACAACCCUUAUCCUGGAAUUGAUACCAGAGAGCAACUUGCUAAGGAAAUUGGCAUUCCAGAGUCAAGAGUCCAAAUUUGGUUUCAAAAUCGGAGAUCCAGAUUCCAUGUCCAGAGAAAAAGAGAACCUGAUGAUCAAGACUCAGAACAGAGACAAGACCAGGAACAGGAUCUCUGGGAUGAGAGAGUUCAAGACAACUGUUUUCCCAAUAAACUAUUGGGCCUUUUCAGACCCAACAAACCCACUAGCUGUCUCUGCGGAAGCCUGGACUCAAGGUCAACUGAUACAGUCCCAGCCCAUGAACAAGGAAGGCCCUGCAUUUCUUAAUCAAGAAAAUGAGCCCAAGACCCCAUCCAGCUUAUACCAGCUGCCCUAAAUUGCUUCCCCUCGUCCUGGCAUCAGGGGCUGGGUUUUGCUUUGUUCUGGUGUUGUCUUUACCCCCAAACGAAUAUGGGAUGUAUGUUACAUAUAGGUUUGCUCAUUAUGCACACUCCGUCUUUACUCAUGAAAAGUCAUGCUCCCCCACUCUCUUCAUCAAUAUGCAUGUAGCCUCAACUCCUUUGAUU